UCGCAGUUCGAUCGCCGAUUGUGUAUCAUUCAUUCAAUUUUAGGUUUCUAAGUCGUUAAAAAGUGUUUUUCAAAAAUAAAAAUUCAAAAUUACUAUCCGUGACCUUGGAUUAUUAAAAAAACAACAACAAAAAUGCGUACUUUUUUGGUGACAGGCUUUUUGGCCUUAGUGACCGUGUCAUCAGGAUCACAAGAUUUUCUCACAACAUCAUUAAAUAAUUGUCUCAAUGCCGAAUCGUGGACGUCGUGCUUUAAACAUGAAUUCCUUGGUUAUUUGGAUAAUCAAUUGGGAACAACAACUGAAGCAAGAUCAUUGGAUUCAAUUGAUGAUGCAAUAAUAUCACGUACCGUGAAAUAUCUCAAGACAUUUGAUUAUGGAAUUAAUUUGCCAUUUGUUGAUGCAAAUUUAAAAUAUCGUCCAAGCAAGAGUCUCGCUGAUCUUGAUAUUGAAUUUAAGGAUAAUGAAGUUGCGACUAAUCAGGCACGUGGUUUAUUAAAGAAGAAAUUGCUGCUGCCAUUUUUACUUCUUUUGAAAUUAAAAUUGAAAGCAUUGAUGCCAAUUUUCGUUGCUAUAAUUGGAAUUAAGGCGAUGAAGGCAUUGGUUCUUUCGAAAUUGGCAUUUUUGGCUGUCCUUGUAUUCGUUGGUGUUCAAUUCUUCAAGAAGGGUGGCAUGACUCCACCAAUGGGAAUGACAAUGGAUCCAGCUCCAGUCUAUGGAGCUCCACCAUUGCCAUCGACAACUUCCGGCUACGAGCCAAUGAACAGUUGGAAUGAUAAUGGACCAUACUCGAGAGUCUGGACGCCAAGCAAUGGAGCUGAUGCACAAAAUUUGGCCUACAAUUACUACUCAUCGGGAAGUAGUUCAGCAAGUUCGUAUGGUUCACCAGCUUCAUCAUCAUCAUCAUCUGGAAGUUCUUCCAGUUCGUCAACCUAUUCAUAAGAUUCGAUCAUCAACUCUUCUUUAGGAUCAUUUAAAAUCAACAUCAGUCGUUUAUUGUUCCAAUACAAGACUCAUCGAUGAUUCAUCAUUUAGAAAAAAAAACCAAGAAAAUAAUUUUUUUUUCUAUUUCUUUUUCCUGGGAAAAUUAAAGAUGACCAAAGAAAAACUUGAUGACUGCGAAUUUAAAACAAAACAGUCAGAAUCUACUUAAAACGCGUGUUUAUUUAUUUAUCGAACAUUAUUUAUUUCUUAUUUGUGUAAGGAAAAUAAAAAAGAGAUAAAAAAAGAAUAAAAAAAAGAUACUUGAAUACUGUAUAUAUAUAUAUAUAUAUAUAUAUAUAUGUGUAAACUGUAUGCAUUUAAUGAUUAUUGUAUAAUAUUAUGCCCUUUGUUAUUCAAUGUUAAGUAAUUAUGAAG